UCGCCUCUAUGCUUCUUCUUCUUCAAUGGCAGAUUCUAGCUACCUCUCCACUGUUUCCACCGAAGAUGCUGCGAGUUUCGGGUUCACGCGUGAUGAAAUGUACACCGGUAACCUUGCCGGCACCGUCAAUCCAUACGAUCGUCACUUGUUCCUCCGCCACAAGUCGUAUACCGAUUGGGCUUCCCGUGUCGAAGAGGACGGCCUCCCUAAUCUUCUCUCCUCCGCUCUUAAGUCUCGCAAAAACGACAUCCCCUUCAAGACACUGUUGACGGUUGUUGACGGAGCGGAAUCUGACGGCGAUGUGCUGAUUUUCCCUGAAAUGAUCAAAUACAAGGGUUUGACUGACUCCGAUGUGGAUGGCUUUGUUGAGGAUGUGCUUGUGAAUGUCAAGGCAUGGACUUCUGGACCGCAGGAGACGUUAUCAGGUUCAUAUAUCUUCGUGUGUGCUCAUGGUAAUCGUGACAAGAGAUGCGGUGUUUGUGGACCGGCUCUAAUUCAAAAGCUGAACGAAGAGAUCGAGUUGAGAGGACUGAAGGAUCAAGUGUUUGUAAGUGCUUGCUCUCACAUUGGAGGGCACAAGUAUGCUGGGAACUUGAUUAUCUUCAGCCCCGAUUCUGAGGGAAAGAUUACAGGAAACUGGUACGGCUAUGUUACUCCUGAUGACGUGCCUGAAUUACUUGAGCAGCAAAUUGCAAAGGGAGAAAUAAUAGAACGCCUUUGGAGGGGUCAAAUGGGGGCUUCUACGAAGAAGGCGAACAGAAGCUUCCGAGUGAAACUGAAGCUAAGAAAAACGAGAAUGAAGAAGCUACUGCUCAGAACACAACGGAAAAUGUUGGUGGUUGUUGUCAAUUGUCAGGGUGCUAAUAUUUUCACCUGUUGCAUGACUGCUAGCUCAAAACCAAGUGAUGAAAAGAGAAGCUAAGAACCGAGAGAAGUGUCUGAAAAGACAGGGAUGUGCAAACUGAGAACCUGGGUAGAAGCAUGGGACAGCGUGACAUUCUCAUGGCAGCCGCUGCGGUCGGAGCUGUUGUAACCGUUGCCGUGGCUUAUAGCUAUUAUAGAAGGUCAGGCUGAAAGAAUCCUCGUAAUCAAACGUUUUUACUGUUUGCUUGUGUGUUCUAUAUCCUCGUUUUUAGUCGCCGAGGCGGUAGUUAAUAAAACAAUCCUCGAAACCACGAACUUGUCUAGGAGAUUGAUACAAAUAGCAGGUAAUAGGGAUGUAUUUCAGUUGAUAUAUGUACAAAUUAAGGUGCUGUUACACUAUAUGCAAGGCUUUCGUGUGCUUCAUCCCGGUACAGAAUGUGGUCAAAUUGGUUCGAAACU